UGCCUUUUACGUAUGUUUUUUGUGAAGAGACCACAGUAAUAUUUUGUUUGUUUUACUACCAAAUAGAAAGAGUUAAACAAUGAUUAAUGUAGUUAAACCAUGGUUAGUUUACUGGUUAGUAAACACAGAAAAACAAGUUACGUAUUUAUAAGUAACUUUUUAUAAUUGUAUAAUUCACCUGUAAUAAUAAUUUUAUAAUUUGCCUGUAUACACAUAAAAUUACACCAAGAAGUGAUAGGUUUGGAUGAAUUACAAUAAAAAAUUAUAAUUGUAUAUUUUGUUGCGUAUGAGUGUUAGGGACCCGGAUGUAGUUUCUGUCUUCACGUAGCCUACAGCUUUUUAAUUUCUGAACAAUUUCGUUUGCACUACACUUUCAUUAUAUAAAUAAAGAAUUGGCUAGAUUUAGAAAUGCAAGCAGUAUAUAUUUAUUUAUUUAUUUAUUUUACUCUAAUAUCUAUGCAACAUCACUGUCACGCGAUAUUUCAGUGUCACGGGCUUACCGCCAAAAUCUCGCACUCUUGUACAGCUACGUUAUCUAUUAAAACUGUGAGAUUCCAUAAUGGAAUGGGACAAAGUAACGUUAAAUGGGACACAGUCGUUAUUUUUCCUCAGUCUUCCAGAUCUGCGCAGUUUGUGUUGUGUCAAUCUAUUCUUCCCUGGCACCCAUGAUGACGGAGAGUUGAGAAACAUGCAAGUAAAAACCUGCAGAGAACUUGUGCUUUUAUAUUCAAACAUUGUUGCCUCACCUGUUUUGGGUCAAUUUGGGGGCAUCACUGUUGUAAUGACAAAUGCGUUUCACGAGAAAGGCAUCAUUCAUGCUUUUGCACGGACACAUGGUAUGCAGUGUACCUGCCCUCAGAAAGCAUUGCCUGCUGUACUGCAGUCCUGUUUGUCUUAUUCUUUGACUGCUAGAUUGGCCCCCAAAUGGAAUAAAGCUGGCCAAUAUCUUAUUGCAGGAAAGGACUUUCUCAAUCAAUCUGGUAAACUUAAUGCAGUUGUUUUGGAGCUAAGCAUCACAGAGACUCAGCUAUGUGUUAGUGUGGAGGCCAACCAAGUCAGAGUUCCCCCAGCUGUGAUAAAGGAUUUUAAUUUUCCUACUCCUGUGGUGGAAAACUUCCAGUACACUUAUGAUGCUGUGCUUUAUACAACCAUGCCAAAUAACUGGUGUCACGUACUACCAAGUAUGAAGAAAGGUCAGCUCAUCAGCAUCAGUCACAGAAUUCCAAAGGAAUGUCCAUUCCAAUCAUACUCAGAGUUCCAGAGGCAUUGGAAUAGCAUGUAUGGAUAUCAGCUUCCCUCGGAAAGUGAAGAAAAAGUGAUCUACUGCAGUCUGUACUUUAAGCCAAUAGGUGACAAGCUGUUCACAUACCCAAUGUGCUGUAUCCGCACUCAGCCAGUACAGUGUUUUUCCAGAGUGGACCUGCAGGGGGUGCUGAGCACCUUCAUAUCAGAUCUGCGGACUGGACUGGAAAGUGUUUGUGGUUUUCCAAUACAGAUGUCCAACAAGCCUUGCUACUACAACAAUGAACUGAUCAGACCAGUCUCUGAGUACUCCGGAACCCUGCCUGUAAAUCUAACAACAGACAGCAGGAUCAGCACUGUGCCAAACCAUACACCCAUCAGCAGCCUGCAGGACACAGCUCGACAUGACUCGUCUGGGAAACAGACUGAAAAGAAAAAACAUCCCAGUUUGGUGUCAUCUUUUGACCAAAAAACGUGGCCUUUCCUCAACCCGAAAACUCCCACACAUGUUAAUUUUACAGAGAGCCAGUCACAGUCUGUGUUUCUGAGACCAAAAUUUGUGCCAGUCUUCAGAAGCCAAUCACACACCUGCCACGUAAAUGUGACAUUGAUUCCUACAGAGAAACAGCAAAGGGGACUGGAAGGACAGAAGAAGCUGACAGCAGUCGUAACCCCUUUGUCGUCUACCUGCCUGCAGUCAUCCAAGCUCCAGUGCUCUACACCUCCAGUCCAUUCCUCACAGUUUUCCAGGCCAAACCCUGAUCGUGUGACCUUACCCUUUUUUAAGGGGCAGAUGGCCCACAGUGGAGUCACUAAAGUUCUUCCAAAGCAGCCUUUUGUACAGACACAUCCCCAAAUUUGUGGGAUCUCCGGUAAAAGAGGAGGAGACACUUUUGAGUCACAACCAAAGAGACUCAAACCGAGUGUGCUGGAUGUGGAUGAGUAUGCCAAAAGAAAUCAGCUCUCGAAGGUCAACUCCGUGACUCUGCAGGCGUGGUUGAAGAGUCGAGGGGUCAGCGUGUGCUCAAAGGUUAAGAAAGAGCAGCUAGUGUCAAAGGUUAUGCAAUGUCUGAGUGAAACCUAGGCAGAGGAGCCACAUCUAGAAUGGAUGCCUAAGUGUUGGAUUACCAGAACACUACGCUGUAGUAACACUACGCUAUAUCUUUCCACCUACAGUAAGUUCUUGUUUGGUGUACUAAUAAUCGUUCUUGACAGUUUGAUAAUGAGUUUGCAGUUAGCCGUUCAAUGCUACAGCAUUUCAUUUAGGCAAGACCAAGAAUGUUAUUUGAGCUUAAAUAUGUCUGUUUAAAUAGAUAUUUGCUUUGAAAAAAGUUGUGGAUAAACAUUGUCAUAAGACAUAAACAUCUUACUGUAAUUACAUGAUGUAAUUUUUCGUCAUCUUGUUUAGUAUUUAGUCAAUUGCUGACUUUAAUCCAUUAACACAAGAAAAGAUACUAAGUGAACACAAUACAUAGAUUAUUGGAGUUUUCAAUAAAGGUUUUUCAAGUUUU